AAAAUUACCUUUAAAUAUUUUUGACUAAAAUGUCCGAAAAGCAACAAGCAGAUCCAUUCUUCCUAAAGAUGAUCCUUGGAGGAAUUGCCUGUAUGACUGCAGGAACUGUGACACAUCCAGUUGAUUUGAUAAAGACAAGGAUGCAAGCUAGUUAUGCUACAGGAGGAGCAUCACUUCAAAAUUCUUCAAUUUCAACUUUGCUGGGUCUGAUUAGGAAGGAAGGAGUUGGAUCUUUGUACAAAGGACUCUCUGCCACUUUACUAAGAGAGUCUAUCUACUCAUCACUAAGAUUAGGUCUGUACGAACCGUUUAAGCAACUCUUUGGAGCUACUGAUAGAGAGCACACUCCAUUCUACAUCAUGAUCUUAUCAGGGGCAUCUUGAGGAAUGGUUGCAUCGGCUAUUUCAAAUCCUGCUGACAUGAUAAAAAUUAGGAUGCAAGCUUGCGAUCAAAAACCUCGUCAGAUGAGAUGCCAUAUCAAAGAAAUUUACAGCCAUAAUGGAAUUAGAGGAUUUUACAGAGGAGUAGAGGCAACAAUGUCUAGAGCAGUAGUAGUAAAUGCAACCCAGCUGCCAGCUUAUGACUUCACCAAGCACAAGCUGAUUAAUCAUGGGAUUAUGGAAGACAACCAUUUGUGACAUUUAGUUAGCUCAAUCACAGCUGGUGUAAUUUUGACCCUGGUCUCUGGCCCAUUUGACCUUGCUAGAACCAGGAUGAUGAACCAACCUGCUAAGAAGAUUUACAAUUCGAUGUUUGAUUGCUUGAUGAAAUCAAUACAAAGAGAUGGGUUUAUCAGCCUUUACAAAGGCUUUACUCCACAAUGGAUGAGGUUUGGACCAUUUACCAUAGUCCAGCUAUUAGUAUGGGAGCAUCUCAGAAGAAUUUUUGGCAUGAGAACCAUUUAGAGUUAAAAAUUUGAUUAAAACACUUCAAUAUC